GGCAGCCCCGCGGAGAACUACAAAUCCCGGCGAUACCAAGGAACAGUUCAUUCUCACAACCAGUGGGUGUAGCUGCAAUGGUGGUGUCAGUGGGACAUUGAAUGACUUUGGCUCCAUCACCAGAAUAGCUGCUCAUUUCAUUCAAGCAACGAAAGAGAGUCACUUGACGUCGACUAUGGAGGCUCUUAUCCCCGUUAUCAACAAGCUCCAAGAUGUGUUUAACACGGUGGGGGCGGACAUCAUACAGCUGCCGCAGAUAGCAGUGGUGGGAACCCAGAGCAGCGGGAAGAGCUCCGUGCUGGAGAGCUUGGUUGGCAGAGACCUGCUGCCCCGUGGGACUGGCAUCGUAACCAGGCGACCUCUCAUUCUGCAGCUGGUCCACGUUGACCCCGGGGAUGUCAGGAAGAGCGAUGACAGUGGCAGAGAAGGUGAAGAAUGGGGCAAGUUUCUACACACCAAAAAUAAGAUCUACACAGAUUUUGAUGAAAUCAGGCAAGAAAUCGAAAAUGAGACGGAAAGAAUAUCAGGGAAUAAUAAGGGGAUCAGCGAUGAACCCAUUCACCUAAAGAUCUUCUCUCCUCACGUCGUCAACCUCACUCUGGUGGAUCUGCCAGGAAUCACCAAGGUGCCUGUGGGUGAUCAGCCUAAGGACAUCGAAGUUCAAAUCAGAGAUCUUAUCCUGAAGCACAUCUCCAACCCCAACUGCAUCAUCCUGGCUGUCACCGCCGCUAACACAGACAUGGCCACCUCAGAGGCCCUCAAGGUCGCCCGCGAGGUCGACCCUGACGGCAGGAGGACGCUGGCUGUGGUGACCAAGCUGGACCUGAUGGAUGCUGGCACCGAUGCCAUGGACGUCCUGAUGGGCAGAGUCAUCCCUGUCAAACUGGGCCUCAUCGGAGUCGUCAACAGGAGUCAGCUGGACAUCAACAAUAAAAAGUCUGUGGCUGAUGCCAUCCGAGACGAACAUGCUUUCCUGCAGAAGAAAUAUCCAUCUCUCGCCAAUAGAAACGGCACCAAAUAUUUGGCCAGGACUCUGAACAGGUUACUGAUGCAUCACAUCAGAGACUGUCUCCCUGAGCUGAAGACACGGAUCAACGUCCUGGCAGCUCAGUACCAGUCCCUGCUCAGCAGCUACGGUGAACCUGUAGAGGACCAGAGCGCCACCUUACUGCAGCUCAUCACCAAGUUCGCUGCAGAGUACUGCAACACCAUCGAGGGCACCGCCAAAUACAUCGAGACAGCAGAACUGUGCGGCGGAGCCAGAAUUUGUUACAUAUUCCAUGAGACGUUUGGCAGAACACUGGAGUCCGUGGAUCCUCUGGGAGGACUCAACACCAUAGAUAUACUAACAGCCAUCAGGAACGCCACGGGGCCACGUCCGUCCCUGUUUGUCCCUGAAGUUUCCUUCGAGCUGCUGGUGAAAAAGCAGGUGAAACGCCUAGAGGAGCCCAGUCUGCGCUGCGUGGAGCUGGUCCAUGAGGAGAUGCAGAGGAUUAUACAGCACUGCAGCAACUACAGCACACAGGAGCUGCAGAGAUUCCCUAAGCUUCAUGAAGCCAUAGUGGAGGUGGUGACCUCCCUCUUGAGGAAGAGGCUGCCCAUCACCAAUGAGAUGGUCCAUAACCUGGUCGCCAUUGAGCUGGCCUACAUCAACACCAAGCAUCCAGACUUUGCAGAUGCCUGUGGGGUGAUGAACAACAACAUAGAGGAGCAGAGGAGAAACAGGAUGAGAGAGCUGCCCACUGCAGUGCCCAGGGAUAAGUCUGUUGGCAAAGGUCCGGCUGGCCCAACUGUGGUCUCUGGCGAGCCCCCUGCGUCUGGAGCAGACAUGGACGGUGCCAAGGCUCCCGCUGCAGGGCCACAGGGGGAGCAGGAUGGCACGGGGAACUGGAGGGGGAUGCUGAAGAAGGGAGACGAGGCUCCAGGCUCAGGACCCGGAAGCCCCCUUAAAGGAGCUGUCAACCUGCUGGAUGUGCCUGUGCCCGUUGCCAGGAAGCUGUCUUCGCGCGAGCAGCGGGACUGUGAGGUCAUCGAGCGUCUCAUCAAGUCCUACUUCCUCAUCGUCCGCAAGAACAUCCAGGACAGUGUGCCCAAGGCGGUGAUGCACUUUCUGGUCAACCACGUGAAGGACAGCCUCCAGAGCGAGCUGGUCGGUCAGCUGUAUAAGUCUGGCCUUCUCAACGACCUGCUGACCGAGUCAGAAGACAUGGCCCAGCGGCGCAAGGAGGCCGCAGACAUGCUGCAGGCGUUGCAGAAAGCCAGCCAGGUGAUUGCCGAGAUCAGAGAAACACAUCUGUGGUGAAAACUCAACAAGGAGAGCUCAACCUGAUCUGUUGAUCUGUUAUCUCCUCUUCAUGCCUGAAGGACCCGCUCCAUCUGUGUGUCUCGAUCCAACAUGCAUUCAUCAUGUCUGCACUUGAAAAAGUCUUGAAUUUGCCAACAAUGAAAAUUUGUAAUGGUUCCUGGUGAGUUUCGAUCUCAUACUGGCCCACUACUACCUAAAGGAAACUGAGGUUGUAUUUCUAUUUAAAUUAUACAGCAAAUGUGCUUGGCAUUGUCUGUAUGAAAGUGCACUGACCUGUUAGGUAAUGUUUAGGGUAGAGUUUUAGAAAUUGUAGCCGCUACGCACAGCUUCUUGAGAAAGUUUGAUCGAGCCGCGCAGCAAAAGGCAGAGGACUUUUCAUCUUUGAUGGGCUUUGGAUUACCAGUAUGAAAAUGGACUUUGUGUGAAGUGGAAAUGAGAGUUUGAUGCGUUUUUGGCAGCUGCACAAAGCAUUCAAAACUAUUUCAGCUCUGGGUUAUAUAAAAUCAAUCAAUAAUACCCAUCCCUUUAUCUGUAACCUUUUCAUUUAAGCAUAGCUGUUGUGUGUAAGAAAACCAUGGAACCUCAAAAGGCCAGUCAAAGUCCAAUACUACAGCAGGGAUUGGUAAUUAAAAUGCAUAGGGUGCUGCUCACUUGCGGCAGCCCGAACAAAGCCAAUGUUAGUCCUCUGUCCUGUGUACAUAUUGUCACUUGACUUUGGUGCACUGUUGUUACCACACUGUACUGUAUAGAAAACCAUCCAUGCACUGUAUAUCACCAGAAUCUUUAUUUAUUGACAUGUUAUUUGACGUUUGUGGUUAAUGUCAGUACUACUGCAGCUUACUGCGGUCGGUUGGUUCAUUAUGUUUACAUAUUGAAGCCUACAUGUGAAACUUACAGUGCACUGUGUUCUCUGUGCAUGGUUCCCAAAAUAAUGAAUAAAUAGAGGUAUUUUACUGCCAAAUCA